CGAAGCGACACAGAAAAGUCGUGAUGUCCAAAGUGAUUGGGUGUGUUUCCGCAGUCGAUCCGGCGGUCGUUGAUUGUUACUUGUUUAGGCUUUAAAAUUGAUGCGGAAUUGCUUUUAAGUGUAACAAAUCGUUAGUUUUCCGCUGAAAAAUACUGCCGUUCCAGUGUACGCUUACGAACGAACGCAACUAGUUCAAUUCUACGAUAGAAAACCAAACAGGAAAAAUCUGUUCUUUCGUGUGCAUGUAAAAUCAUUUCUAGGCGUGUGAGAUUGUGCAAAAGUUGGAAUAAACGAUUCUGUACAAACGGGAAUGCUGUAGUGUAGUGAUUACUCAAGAAAAAAAGCUGAUUUAAGGGUUUAAAGUUUUGCAAAAAGUGAAAAACAGGAUUUUUUCACUGCACCUCUUUUCGUUCUCCCCUGUGCCACUUCUAACGUCUUGCGCUCGCGUAUAGUUCCGUUCGUGCUUCGACGAAGUACAGGCAACCCUUGGGGUACUCUGGUGACGACGACGACGACAGCAGCGAAAGAAGAGAAGAAGGCGAGAAGAGAGAGUGAGUGCCAACAUCAACUGACCGUCAGUAGCAUUCCGGCACAUACACCCCUUUGGCUGUAUACCGCAACACGGUGGGCUCGCAGCUGAGGAAAGCAUACGGAAAAAGGUCUACCAUCUCUCUGGUGCCGAAAAGCCACACCCCACAAACUCACGACAGCGGGGGCAGCAUUUCGCGGAUCUGCCGUUACAGUCGUUAAACAGGAACAGGAGCCGGAUCCGAAUUGUUGAUUUGUUGGAAUGGAUGUUUAGAAUCUUCGGGAGUGAAUAAAUGUGAAAAAUUGUGUGAAAUCAGUCAAGAAAGUAUAUAUUUCAUCGCAGAGUUGUGUUACUGCUAGCGUGCUGGUUCUAAAGUCAGUUUAGUUUGAGUUCGUAUAUUGAUGAUGAUGAUGAUCGACGGCAUUGUGUGUGUGAUGCAACGGGGAUGAUGAAGGCAAACGCUGACGGUCGAGUGCAAGCAGAAGUGGCGGAAUCAGUCGGUAAAUAAUAAUGAAAGAAGAGCAGGGCAUGUAGCCCAGAUGUGAUCAGCCGGUUGGAAAGAUAGCGUAGUCGUGCGUUCGUUGGUUUACUUUGUGUUUUCUGUUAUCUGUUUUAGUCAUUUCACUUAGUGAAAAUAUUUUGUGAGUGUAAGUGCGCUGAGGCUACCAGUAAAUGAGUGAAAGAUAGGUGGUCUAUGUGUAACGAGCGAAAAUAAAACGAAAACAAAACGCUGAAAGCAACGACGUUUCAAGCAGGUCACUAGAACUUUGCGGCUUUACAUCACAGCUGUGGCACUUGACUUCACGUGAUUUGUGCUAGACCUGAACAAGCAGUUGUGCCAAAAAGUGAACAAAUUGAGUACAUCUCAAAUAAACCAAAUCACAAUUAUAUCAUGUCACUCGACUCAAUGGGACCGUCAGCUGUUGGCGGGAGCAGUUCCGGUGUCGGUACUCUGUCCGGUACCAGAAUGAUUCACUCACUCAGCACACCGUCCGGAGUGGAUGGAACCAUUUCGGCAUCACAUUCCCGUGGCGGCAAGAAGCUGGCCGUACGGAUCCAAAUGCUCGACGAUAGUGUCACCAUGUUUCAGGUUCAGGCGAAAGCCCUCGGUAAGGUGCUAUUCGAGCAGGUGUGUCGCCAGCUGAAUCUCCUCGAAGCGGACUACUUCGGGCUAGAGUACCAGGAGGCCCCCUCCGGUACUAAGUAUUGGUUGGAUCUGGAGAAACCAUUGAACCGACAAGUCGGUCUGUCACUCAUCGAACCGAUGCUGAGGUUCUGUGUCAAAUUUUACACCCCCGAUCCACUGCAGCUGGAGGAAGAGUACACCAGGUAUCUGUUUUGUCUGCAAAUUAAACGCGACCUGGCGACCGGAAGUCUGCAAUGUAACGAUAACACGGCAGCUUUAAUGGCGAGCUAUAUUGUGCAGGCAUCGUGUGGAGAUUACGCUCCGGAAGACUACCCGGAUCACACCUAUUUGUCAUCUUACCGAUUCGUACCACAACAGGACCAUACAAUGCAGCGACGGAUAAUGGAAAAUCACAAAAAGCACCUAGGACAAUCCCCAGCCGAGGCAGAUCUGAACCUGCUGGAAACGGCACGUCGUUGCGAGCUGUAUGGCAUGAAGAUGCAUCCGGCCAAGGACCACGAGGGCGUCCCGCUGAACCUUGCCGUCGCACAUAUGGGCAUUGCCGUCUUCCAGGGCAUCACUCGAAUAAACACCUUUUCUUGGGCCAAAAUCCGCAAAAUCUCGUUCAAGAGGAAAAAGUUUCUGAUAAAGUUACAUCCAGAAAAUUACAUGUAUCACAAGGAUACGGUGGAAUUCUUCUUUGAGGGACGUAACGAGUGUAAAAACUUUUGGAAAAAAUGCGUCGAGAAUCACGGUUUCUUCCGCUGUUCGGCGGUACAAAACGUGCAACGGCGGAAAGCUCGUGUUUUGUCGCGGGGCAGCUCAUUCAGGUACAGCGGGAAAACGCAGAAACAGAUCAUCGAGUUCGUGCGUGACAAUUACGUAAAACGACAGACGUUCCAAAGGUCUCAGUCUUUCCGUCAGGGUCCUCUACAUUCAAGUAACCGAAGCCAAUCACGCACUUCAUGUAACGUGAAUCAAAGCAUCUCGGCUCAUCCUUUACUUCCGAUCGAAACCGCGGAGUGGGAGCGUCGCAGUCAGAGCAACGUCUUGAAGACGCCUUCUCAGAUGAGGAAACAAGCGGAUACGGGGGAGAAUCACCGAGCCGGCAGUCCUACCGGCCGCAACCGUUCUCAGUUCACGGAAGCCCAGGUGGAGACCUAUCCGACGAGGAGCUAUGCCCAAAUGGGAAUGGAUACAUCCUCGGCGGUGGACCACCAUCAGCAGCCGGGGGGCCACCAGGAUUCGAGUCGCUCUGCCUCUCCGGGGGGCACCUGGAGUUCGCCGUACCACCCCAGCAGCAACAACAACAACAACAACAGCAGCCAUGCGCGAGAAGCCGAUCGGGCUCGUGUACGUCAAGACGGUCACAAUUCCGGCCUGAACCACCGCCUCUAUGCCACUAUGUCCCCCAGUUACAUUCAUCGCAGCCACAGAUAUACCACGCCGCCGCAGCAGCGUCGGGCCUCAGCCGGGCCGCUGGGCCAACCGGGGGAUCGCAGCAGUUCUAUGGGGGAGACAACGGUCUCCUCCACCAGCCGGGAGAGUGUUUUAUCGCCGGGGGGCAUUCACAUCAGGCGCUCUUCGGCGGCACCGGCACCGGGCCGCAUGGGCCAAUCGGGAACCAGCAGCUCUCAAUCCCACCAUGCCACACUAGUCCUUUAUAACAAUACGAGUACCUAUUCGAUGUCUAAGUCCGUCAGCACCGGUACCGAUCUGUCGGACGAUACUGCCGAUAACAUUAUCUACUCGGACAUUACCGAUCUUUACCGUCGGGGCCAACGUUCCGAACGGCACGUUGCCGUCGAAGCCAUGGUCAAUGGCGGUGAGAGCGCUAGUGCAGCCGAGGAUGAGGAGGAAAUUAUGGACGAGGUUAUAGAUGAGAACGCGAUCCGCCAGGCGUACGUAGACGAUGACGAGGAUGAGGACGAAAUCGACAUCCGCUACGCUACCGCAACGCAGAUCAAAGCAAUGACCGCUGGAGGAGGCAUCGCGAUCCCAUCUGGCACCUCGGCAACUAAUGUUAUAAGCAAUACCGCCGUCAGUGACGAUCUCUACGCCACGGUGAACCGCAAAUGUAAAACCAACAAACAACAGCUACCACAAUCACAACCAAUACAAGCCACUACUGCUCACCACUCUGGUAAACAUUUCAGUGAUGAAUUCAUAGACGAUAGUAUUAGAAACUACAAUAGCCAUACCAAUAUAAGUAGCCACGUAAACGCCUCUAGUAUUGGCCAGCUCAAUUCCACUCCCAGUGGAGACGCGUAUGCGAAAUCUUCAGCCCACUUCGACGAAUAUUACGGCGCUAAUCGGUACUCCGACACGUCGGACUACUUUAGCCAUAGCCACAGUCAGCCGCACUAUUCCCAUUCGCCCAAUUCUCACUCGUUAGCCACAACCAUAACGCACAAGAACGGACUGACUGACGAUGAUGAACGAUACUCCUCGUCACAUCCGCCGCCCCCACCGGUGCAUCCACGAACUUCUCGCUCGUUGCCGCGAGCUUCAGAACUGUCGAAGAUCGAUUCGCUCGAUUCAUCCUACAGCGGAGGAGGUGCUGAUCCACACUUCGUAGGUCAUCAUUCGCUUAGUAACUUACCCAGUUCAUCCAAAGUUACCAGCGAUUAUUUGCACUAUUCGACCCUUUUGAAAAACUCCGAUGACGGUAUAAACAGUAAGAAAACUUCCUCCGAGCGGCUCGAGUAUGAGUUGUCGAACGCAAAUCUUUACUCGACUGUUCAGUACAAGAACGACUACGGUGACCAGGAUGACUUCGAAGACGAAUACGUCGGUGGCUACCCGAGUGGUGAAAAUGGCAUUAUUGGGAAGGACGUCUGGCAACGGAGUACUUCAUGUAAAGAGUUGUACGACUACAACUACGAUGCGGCCGGAAGGUUGGAUUUCACGAUGCUUGAGCGAGAGUUUCUAACUUCCGAUCGCAUCGAUAGUCCAGUAACGCGUUACGACGAUUCGCGCCACUCGAUGUACGUACAGAAAAAUCACUCCAUGGAUGUUAGCCAGGAGUUCCUUGCGGCGGACGUGAAAGUUUACUCGUCCAGCUAUCCGGGAACGACCUAUAACACGAUUGAUCACAAUAGCUACAAGCGCCAGAAUGGCAAUUUCUAUGCAAACUUUGAGUACGGUUCACAGGAUGAUAUUUCGCAUGACAGUUAUGAACUGUUGGAAAAAUCUGACGAUGAUCUGUACUGUAAGGUGCCGGAUGAAGCGCACACACGAUCUUGUUCGCUCGAUUCUGGCAACUACAUUCCCACGGAUGACGAAAGUGUAUCCGAGCACCAGAGUCAUCCACUUUCCCGUUUCGCUAAAUAUCGUUCGAGCUUGGAGACAAAAUCGAAGAGCACCGCCGAUAUCGAUGAUUUGGACGAUAUUUUCCUGAUGGAGGAUCCGAGGGAUCUUCCACGGGAGAAGCUGUGCGUCAAAUCGGAUGGGAAUUUCUAUAAACAGUUAAAGAAAGCUAUGGGGUCUAGAACAUCGAGUCCGGAGUCGCGCAGCGACUAUUACGAGUCGAAGCUCUCAAAGAGCAGUGAUUCUAGCAAAAAAUCUAAAGAUAGUGUUUAUCAUACAGACAGUAACAAGAAAUCACGUGAAACCUUGAAGAGUAAGUCGGGGUCUGGAUUUAACUCACGUACCUCAAGUCAGGAUUCGCGAGAUUCCUUCGGAAUGGACAUAUUGCUUACCAAAAACUACGAAAUGCCCACAACCACUAGCAAGAAAGCCAAGUAUCUUAGCAAGCGCUUUGAUAGCAGCUCGCGAAACUCCAGCCAGGACUCUAAGAGUGAUUACUACGAUGCCAAUGAGCAGACGAUCGAAAUGGAAGAUCUAGAAUCGGAUGAGAUCUACUCACGAAUUAAGGUACAUUCCCACGACAACAUUCCCAGUGAGGUCGGUGGAAUCGCUGCUAAAAACAGCACCGGUGGUACUGGUUUCUACGAUAACCAAAUUUACUCGUCCACGUUCCCGAGUGCUCAGCCAAAACCCACGACAAAGACAACCUCCAACGUGACAUCUAUUUCGUUGCAGAACGUCGAACUGGACCGAAAUGCUCGCAGUUAUUCGACGUAUAAAUCUCCCGAUCCGGUGGUAACUCAGGCUAUGCCAAAACCAAUCGACAAGCAACCUCCGAAGGCCACCCACAUCUGGCCGGAAGAAAUCGAAGGCCUACCGACUACGAUCAGCAGCGAGAGCCAGCGGGUUGACCGUACCCGAGCUUUCCGCCGAAAGUCCGACAGUGAGAAUAUUUUCAGCUUCGACAAAGAAAAAAUCGAAUCGCUGACUAGCAGUAUGAACGAUGAGACUCCCACGACCGCGAUUCUGGUGGAAAGUAAAACGACCAAAGCAAGUCCCGAUUACCCGCUAACACCCGAGCUACUGUCGGAGUUCGACAAGCAGAAAAUCGAUUCUCCACACAUUUUGCCAAAGCAGACACGCAAGGAAGAACUGAUGGCGAAAACUCAUUUUGAAGAGUACAAUCCAAAGCUGAUUUUGGACGCACCGAUUCCCGGUGUUCUAACCUACACCCACGCAACAGUCGAACGUACCAAAUCCGAUCCCAAUUCCUUGGCCAAUCGUCCCCGGCUUGGUCCCAACUCGCGCCGUCAUACGCUAAUGCAUCAAAAAUCAAUCGAUCUCACACCGGCCGACUCCAGUGAGGAAGAAUAUCUUUACCGACAGAUUCCAAGUGCACCGCCGCUGUGUAAAUCGCACGGUAGUCACUUUGAAAUUCCACACAACUACGAUAUGAAUAUCCCAGCGGUCGAGCUGCCUCCCAAUGGGUUCGAGGUACCGAAGAGUUUUUUCGCUGAUUACGAUCGCCGUAUGCAUAAGGUACUAAAGGAUGACAUACCGUACGUACUGCACAAGAGGCACAUAAUGAACGGUACCGCUCCCUCGCCCUCCCAAGAAAAACAGCAUCGCUACCCAAAACCUAAAAGUCCCAAAUCUCCCAAAAGUCCGAAAUCACCUAAGUCUCCGAAGUCACCCAAAGUCGAAAUGCGAGACACAGCCACACAAAAAGAAAACACCUUACGGGUGAAGGAUGACUACGGAGAGGAAGCAGUUGAUAAUGGACAGGGAUUCCUGUUUACCCAGAAUAUCGAUCUUUCGAAGGUAGACCCCGUAACUUUAGAGGUAGAUAAAUCAUCCCAAACAAUGCAACUUACCAGCCCGAAGCGGGACAUUACGAAAAAGAUGGACCCCCUGAUGCUCGAACAGCUGAACAGUAAGCUUAGCCAAAUAGAAAGCGACUCCGCUACGAGCUCCCGCACUGAUAGCAACCCCCAGAAGCGUCUCGAACCGAAGCCCGUCGAACUGCCGUAUCAGAUCGAGAAGAAGAACACCGAACUGAUGGUGCCAAAACGCGUCGUCAAACCCCGCAUGGCACCGGUGAAAACUAAAACCGGAAAAGGAAAGAAAAAUGCCAAAACCCGAAUCACAUCGUUCUCCUCGGACGACGAAAGUCUAGACUCGGAUGAUGUGUUUGGUUCGGCGGAGGCUAUGCCAACCAAGCUAGAGUUCUCGCCACCUCAGUCACGUAAAGAAAUAGAACCGAUUCUGAAACACGAAUCAAGUAGAAUGGCAUCCAAUGCAUGGGCUCGAGGACAGACAAUGAGCUCAACCGAGAUCGAAGGUUCUCCGCCCCAAUGCCGAAAGUUGGCGGAGUUAGAGAGCCGCUACCACACGAACGUAAGCCUCCAGACACAUCAGAUGACUAGCACCGAAUUGAGACGAAUUUCCGAACGCUCCUUCUCGAUUCCCAGCUCCGAAGACGAAGCCAAGAGAGCGGAGGAAUCCACCAAAGCAUACCACAAAACAGAGAACAUCUCAUCGCCGAUCAUUGAAAGCAUAGAAAUCCAUCGAACGGAUGACGAGAUCUACGAGACUGCCAGGGAAGACAAUUCGGGGUUUGCGAAAGGAUUGCGGAAAGAAGUUCCAAAAAAAUUCAAAGGAGAAUCCAAGCUGUCCCCAUCGAAAACUAAACUGAUCGAGGAGAUGAUCGAUUCGUCGAUCGUUAUGCGCUCGAAGGGACACGCUCCGAUAUUGUUUGCUCACGCUCGUCUGAAUCUCAGCGAAGGAUCGGCAUUUGCGGCGCUUCAACGCCAGAAAGCUACGCAAGAUUCACCGACAUCUGGUCGACGGGCGAAAAGUUUAGACACACCGGUGAUUUCCCUCCACAAGCUGCCUCCCAUGAAUGCAUUCUCUUCCAAGGAUGACACGGUGGGUUAUGAAGAGGAAGCCGAAGUGUUGGAGGUGAAGUCACUUCAGAAGAAAAAUAAUAUUAUCGAAGAAGAGCAGGACGAAUCGGUGCACUCGUGUGCUGAUGCUAUCGUCGUGACCGACCCGAAAGCGACCCGUAAAACAUCCACCACUGACGAGGAGGUUCGGAUGGUGCAGAUAGACGAAGACGAGCUCGAGUUGCUGGAUCGCUUAAAGUACAUCGAAAAGAUUGAGCUGCAAGGAGUGAAGAUCAAGGAGAAGCGCAAAACAAAAACUAAACUUAAAAGUGGAGAUCAACUCAUUUUGGAAAUACCAAGAUACAAGUUUGAGCCGUUCAGUUCGGGAAACAGUUCGAUCAAAACGUCCCCGGCGAUAAGCCGUGCGAGCAGUGUCGAGAGUACUGGUAAAAUCAAACAGAAAACCGACAGCGGCACACAGACUCCGACUGGCGGCGCCACCGCGGUGAAACAAAAAUGUAAAUCCACCAGUCCGAAAGGAUCGGAGAAGAUUCCUCAGCCGAAGCGACGCGCUUCGGAUGAGGUGAAAAAAAGUUCUCCCAAUGAUAUCCUACGCACCAAGAGUCAGGAGUCGCUUGGCAAGAAAAGCAAUGGGAAAGAGAAAUCUAAGUCUUUGGAUAAAAUGGAGCUGAAGCGGUUAGGGAGCAAGGAGAAGAAAUCAGUUGAGGAGAGUGAGCUCGAGCGAGCUCGAAGGAAGGAACGUCAGCAGAAGUUGUACGAAUCGGCUAUGAAGCAAACGAUCACGAUGUUGAGUCCCGUGAAGGAUCAGCUGCCACAAUUUCCUGCACCUGAAGAUAAAAUUUCCGUGAAAACCGAAGGGGAUAAAAUCAUCAUCGACGCCGAAGUCAAAUCCAAGCCCGAGGAUCUGGUCUUCAUAGCUAAGGCUCCUCGUAAACUGGACUGCGGGUUGGCGAAGAUAAGCCGUAGUUUUGAGGAUCAGAAAAGUGUUGAAAAGCUGGACAAAGCUAGUCGAAGCUUUGACGAUCGCAGUAAAUCGUUCGAUGAUCAUUCCGAUCGAUCGGAACAUGGUACGGAUAGUAGUAGUUUGGUGAUAAAAUCGCCCACUAAACUGUCGAAGAGUCAGGAAUUAAAGCAACAGAUAGAGGGAUCCGUUGUGCACAAGAAGUUCGAAGGAAAGUCGAAGAGUUUGGAGAAAAAACCGGAACCGCAGUAUUUGGAUAUCGAGUACAAGACGCGUAGUCUGGAUCAGAACUAUAUUGACCACUACGGUGAGGUAACUUCACCCGAUUCGGAGGGUAAUUCUGGACAUUCCAGAAAGCAGGAGGUGGUAAAAGUUGACGUUCAUCGGCCGAAAGCUGAACCUUGCGAAUCGGCACGAGAGUCGCGAUUUGACAAAGGUAAAAGCUUGGAUGCCAAUCUAGGUAAUGGGAAGGAUAAAACGCCCGCUAUCGAACGGAGAUCUCAUUCGCAACCGGAUGAGUUCACUGGUGAGUUGGAUAUGCAGGAUAUAAUUUCCGAACGGCGAACUCUGGAUCUGAUGAAGCGAAGAUCGGAGGAGAGAACUCUGGAUUACGGUAGCAUUGACAACGAGGAGAGAAAGUCCUUCAAGCACGGUAGUGAGGAGUCCUUGACCGAAGUUAGUGAAAUGAAGAUGGAACCAAAGGAACCUUACUUGCCUUGUCGGGUGCCGACAAUCGAGUAUGAAGAGCCCUCUUUGGAAGAGGAUCUUGAACAGCAACAGGUGGAAGUUAAACCAACAAAAAAGGAAAUAAUGGGAAAGCUUGCUCUAGAGCGGAGCAGAAGCGAUGAGACCACUUCUUGGGUAACUAUUGCCAGCGAAGAAUACACCGGUACCGACGGAACCGGUCCCCAGGAGGCGGAAGAAGCCGGCGGAAUACGAAAGAUUGAAACCCAAACCACCUUCGAAGAUAUUCGUGACAUAACAAUGCCUGAAUCGGAGGUAUCCACCUCGGACAUUACGGUCAUACCUUCGAAAGCUAAGAGCAAAUCACCCACUGAUGCAAAAUCGUUCGAUCGCCCGCUACCAAAAAUACCAGAGAAAGCGAAAAAAGUGAAAUCUCCUACUAAGGAAGAGCCGAAAGUUGAGGAAGAGGAAAGUACAGGGAAACAAGCUUCCCAAAGGCGCGGAGAUUUCCUGCGCUUAUCCAUAGAACGAUCUCGAAGCUCCGACACGGGAUCUAGCCGCGAGAAUGACAACAGUCCCGUGCGUCAGGAUUCCAGCACACCUCGCGGUAAAGGUUCGCUAGAUGAGGAGUCCAGCUUGAGCUGUUCGAUAGCGCGUCCCUUGGGGAUAUCCCAGGAUAUGGAUUCAAUGGAUCACAUAAAAUGUCACGAACUGCGCGAGGCUAUGCUCAAGAUGGAGGAAACCGAGGAAGUAAAGGCCAAAAAGUCUUCUUCAACGCUGGAGAAGCAAUGUCCGGUGGAUUUGGGUUCAGGGUCAGAGCUGGACGUGGACACAGUAGAGGAUCGUAUUUCUAGGAUCCUUCAACGAGAAGAGAGUGAAUCUAGCUCCGAUAACGGAGCAGCGCAAAAACCGAAGGUAGUAAAACCAGUACGGACAACGUUGAUACACAAAAAAGUAUGCCGAACUGCGCAACCCAAUGAGAAGCAGCAUCAGCAUACUACCGCAGAGCUAAAAUCAGGAACGUUGAAGUUGCUGAGCGCGGACGGUGACCGUAGUUCGUUGGAAUCCAAGUCCAGUUUGGAGUCGAAAGGUUCGCUAGGAUCAUUCGAAACAGAAAGCAGCUCGGGGUCGCUUGGAGCUGCUCAACGUAAGGGAGACUUGCAGCAGAAGGAAGCCGUUUCCACUUGGAAACCGUUUCCAAUAGAGAGCUCCGGUAGCUCGAGUGUGGAAGAAAACUGGAAUCCACCGGAUCAGGAGAGUUAUGAAAGUUUCGAUAUAGCUACCGAGACUAUCGAGCUCCAGAGGGUGGCAGCACCUGAGCAGAAGGAAUCUUCGCCGGAUGAACAAAAGGAAAGUGAUUCGGAUUUACAGGACGAGCUAAACGAUUUUCCAGCUACUUUCGGAUAUCCGGAGAUGACGUCCACUCUGGGCAUCAGCAUCAAUCCGGUGGAUAUAAUGAAAUACGGGACGUCAUUUGGGAUUGGAAGAACGCUUUCGAGAAUUUCGGAACGAAGUACAAAUUCCGAGAAAUCUAGCGCCGAAGAUAUUGAAGCAGAGAAAUCCAGUUUGGAGGAUCUUAGCGUUCAUGAUGAAUCGGCCAUUUCCAGUGAACAUCAGGCAAGUUUAAGUUCGGAUCUACACUCGAACUCUAAUCAAGCGUACAUUUCCGACGCUGAUAGACGAACUUCUGCAGAAAUGCCGGAUAUACCGUGCGAUUCAGCAGCAGCGGAGCGACUGUCGGAGAUCUACAAGAACAAUGUUGUUAAGAACGGACGCUUCACUGUAUCUAGCCUUGGUGACGGGGCGAAAAAGGCAAGGGAUGAGAAACCUAAUCUGCAAUGUUUGUCGACGGGUGGCAGUCAAGAUUCGGAAGACUGGCCUUUACCGGAAAUUCCUUACGAUAGUACACCAAUCGAGAGAUAUGAUCCGAAUUUUAUUCCGCCCCAUCCCGAUAAGCCGUAUCCUAGGCAGCACUGGGCAGGAUCGGCUGCUACCGGGCACUCUCAGGAGUCUGAUAAUUGGCCCACUCCACCGUCCAGCAUGUUGGAAACGCCGAUAGUUGAGAACGUCCAGACCUUCAGAGUUAGUGAACCUCAACAUCCGACUCAAGUGAUGGUGGAAUCGUACACCGAACCUACGGGCGAUGACGAUUCCGAUCCGGAUUAUGCAGAAGUCCCCGAUGAAGCUCCCGAACCACCCAGACGCGAUUAUCGUCCUUCUAAUAUCCCAGUGAAGCUAUACGUAACCGCCGCUUCUUCACUCUCGCUGGCAACUCCUUACGAUAGUACAGUUUACUCAAUAUCAACCAUCGAAGAACACGUUACAUAUGAAGGCUUUGAUAACAAUACCUGUCUCAGUAGCACGCUAGGGCCAGCUAGUUGUCUACGGACUACAUUCGAUGCAUGCUCUAGUCAAAAACCAUUUUCGAAUCAAGGCACGGGUAAAGAAUCAACAUCGGAUCGGGUCAUCAUUUCGCAACCAACGAAAUCUCCUCAGAAUCUUAGUCCCAUCACCGAUGAUGACUUCUUCCUGAACGACGAAGUAUUCUGUCCAGGGACGGUAACAAUAGAAAUUUCACCCGACGACAGUAAACCUCCGUCGGACUUUACGGUACCGCAAAAGUUCUCGCGAAGUUCCAACAAUUCUGACACAUCGAUCGACGAUUUGCUGUCGUCCUCCUGCGCAACGUACAUGGAGGAAACAGUGCGUCGCAAUCUCGAACCACGAAGAUUAAGCAACGAAUCAUGCAAAAAGUGCAGUCAUAGUAGCCAUUCCGAGGAAGAGACUAGCUCUUUCGGAACUGAUCUAGAUGGUACGGUCAAAAUGGGUCUGCAGCAGAAACGCUGCACCCACAGCUCACAUUCGGAGGAUACUUCGAUUGGUCUUAGCAUUUCUGAGUGGUCCACCGGCACGAAUACUGUUCGGCAGUAUGCCAAUCUGUCCGGAUCGGACAGUCUAUCGGCGGUCUCGAACCACUCGGGUAACGUGAAAAGCGAAAAAUCUACCCAUACGAAGAGUAGCGUCAGCUCGGUACAUAAAUCAACAGAGAGUCUGGAUGAAAAAAGUGUCAGCUUGUCCAGUAACAAUAAUAAACGAUUUUCGUUGGAUAACAUCUCCGACGGACCGAAGUAUGAACACUUCAGUAACUCGGAUACAGACAAGUUCUCUUCCGGGACGAAGAGUGAUGAUACCACACUAACACUGACGGAGAUGGCUCAAACGAUUACGGAAUGGUCCACGAGUAGCAGCAACACGCUGAUUGCGCAGGCAGAAGCUUUGAAACAUAUCGAAUCCAAAGGAUCUGAUAGACCGCUAACCCGAACCACUUUCGAGUACAUCCCGCUAAAACCGCCAAAAGUAGUGAAGAAACCAAUCACCGACGACAAGAAAAUGAUCCCAACAGUACACGUGAAACCAAAACCCAAACAAACAACUCCACCCCAAGUGGUGACACCAGAAAUAGAAAUCAAACCUCCGCCCCCAGAUUUGAUCCCGAAGACAGCUGAACGACCCACGAAAAUCCCACCCAAAAUAGUGGAAAUGAUCGAGAAAUCCCCCAAACGGGCAGCUCCACAACCGCCACCUAUUGUGGAACAACCGCUUCCGCAGUCCUACCGAGACUCGGUUCCACCCCCUGCAACCGAACCCGAACCAUUGGCCACCAAACGAAGAACCCUGGAAAUGAUGUCACAACGUUACGCCAGUCAGGAUUGCCAGUCGGAAUCCGAACCAUUCUCCGAGCGUCUACCGGCUGCAAUCGAUGUGGUAACAGCUCCUCCAUCAAAACCACCCCGCGGAGAUUCUCUACCAUCGGGAAGUUCGGUUCCGAUGGUUGAGAAACCUCUAGCGAAACAUCAUAGCUAUGACGAUAAAACCCUCUCCAAGUCCCAAAUUCGAGAAUACAAAUCCACCAAAAUGCGCCACAGUCAGUCAUUCCACGAACACUUGGUCUCUUCCGACCUGAACAAAAUCGUCGAAGAAAACAUGGGCAGCUCUUCGACUACAACCCACAGCAGCGAAGCCACGGCAAGUACAGACAACUCCUCACCAAUGUUCCCACGACCGGAAAAGUUGGUUCGUUGUUCGCCUUAUUACUCCAGCAGUUUAAGUUCGGAAUCGCCUCCCAUCCAACCCAUACAACAACCCCCAAUGCAGAAGCCUCCUCGCAAAACGUCCCUUCCUCGAAAUCUGGUACCCAAAAGUCCACCCAGUGGUAACGAUACCGACAGUUCGCUAGAUUUCCGCCAACAGGAUCCAAAGUUACGUCCUCGGGGUUACCGAAAGAAGCGAACCGUUCCGCCGAAGAAAAGUCGACUUGAUAAUCGUCUGCUGGAGCAUCAAGAAAGCUCCGAAUGUUCGGAGGGAUACUUUCCGGAGAUAGAAUCCGGCAGCUCGGACGUUAUCGAUCAGCAGCAGUACCAGCGUUAUCCGGACUUUGAGGAAGAACUCGAACAACUGCCCGAGGAUUACGAGGAUGAAACUUAUCGCGCGGAGGAUGAACGUGAGAGCAAAAACGGCGGCGGAGUAUAUCCGAGUGCGUCCUAUUCCAACAAGUUCGAAGGUUUAGAUAUGACGGAGAACGUAGACGAAAUGGGUUUCCCUAGGUACGAUCGGCUUGGUCACAUAACGAACCCAAAUCUGUACAAAUCGGAUACGCCUUCGCCUCCGGUGAAACCGGUUAGACAGCGAAAGCGCCAGGUAAAGCGUGAUGAUGGUGACGUUGAGUAUCCGGGUGUCCAGUAUACGCCGGAGAGUGGCAGCUGCUCGGAAACGAAGGCCGGUCUGUCGGAUGAUGUGUGCUACUCGAGCGAGGAUAGCUUCGCGGCAGGAUACCGACAGGCGGUGAGCAGCUCACGGUACCAGAAAAACGUCGAAAUUCCCUAUCCGGACUUUUUGUCUGACUACGAAAAUGAAUCGUCAUCCACAACCUGUUCGUAUGCCCGUCGCAUGGAGCAUGAUCGACAUCGGUACGUCGAGUUGGAGCACGGUGGCCCCAAAAGUGGCGGCACCGAAUCGAUUGGGUUCGAUCUGAGAGCUCUGCCUCCGCCAAUUUACGUUGAGGGUCAAGGCUUAGAGGAGGACGAUGAAGAGGAGGAGGAAGAAGAAGAAGAGAUUGAGGAUAAUGCGAUCUAAGCACAGGAGAAUACUGAGUCUAGAAGCAAAAACAAAACCGAUCUCUCGAGCGCUGCCAUCUGUGGGUGAGAUUUUAUACUGCAUGACAUCGAGUUGAGCCGCUGAAGUCAAAUAAUUAAAAGCAAAUUUUAAUCCCAAUCAACACAACCUGAACAAAGGUUUGAAGUUAAAUGUCGUUACAUUCAUUUGAUGAGUGGGUUGAAGAUUUUAUUCGCUAACUGAGACACGAGUUAAAUAAUGGAUUAUAUAAAAUAUACUCUUGCUGUUACAUCAGUCUAACCAAAGUUUAACAAACAUACCUAGAUGCAUAGUUUCAAGCAUGAAUUUAUAACAGGAUAUAGUGAAGUGCGGGUGGUAUGCGAAGUUGGUGUAGUAUACUCUACUCUAAGUUUGGUUCUCCUUUCUUGAGGACUUGUGGACUAAAAAACAAGAUUCACAUUUAUGAUUAUGAUAAUCGCGUUGAUUGUGACCCUGAAAAGCAUUGUUUGAAUAUGAAUCGCGGUCCAGAAAGAACCUAUUUAAGAAAACUACUUAAGUUAGUAUAGCAACAAUGCAACUUAUUUAGUUUCAUGUUGAUAUGAUCAUCAAAAAAUCCUGGCAGUUUGAGGCAUUACACCAACGCUCACAUACCAACCGCCAGCGGCGGCAUAUUGAUUAACAUUUUAGGCCAACAUAAAUUAGACAUUAAAGACACUAGCAGAGCAUGCUAAACAAUUGUUAUAUUCUCACCAAGCACAUUAAAAUUUACACUAAAAAACCAUUUGGAGAUACAAUUUUAGAUAUUAUAUUACAACAAAAUCUUGUAUUCAUACUAAUCGAUAGAAGGCAAAAUGGAUCGCAGUGAGUAAAAACAUAGUGUUUAUUUUUGAGUUUUUUCAUAAGAGCCAGAUUCAGAGAUGUCUGUAUGUAAACUGUUGUUAGAGAACGGAAAGUAUUUCGGCUAUAAUAUAAAAUCUAUUCCAUAUAGACGUAGAGCCUAACGAAGGAAAGAGUGCAACGCGGGAGGUGCCACAAUUCAGUAUUCUGACUGUUAUAAUAUCUGUUUCUAGUGAAUUAAUACAAUUAAUACUGACUAUGCACAGUCGUCUUUAUCAGGUUAAUGAAAUGUGUCAAGGUUUUUUUUUUGUAAUAUUCCAUCAUGCCAAAUCGUUACGUUUGUGGUGGUAAAGCCAAUCCCAAAGUACCUCUGAACGUGCGUGCGAAAUUUUUUAUAUUCUAUUAUAUUCUAUUGAAUGUUGUCUUAAUGCUAGGUUUUAAAUACGUGUAUUUUAUACGAAUAGUCUAUAUAUUCACGGAUGGCAUGACACAAAACAGUGGAUUCUAUUAUGUAAUUACGAUUCCGUUUUGGAAUAAUCUAUCAACACCGAUGGCUCUCUAUAUGACUUACAGCGAAUGCGUUAUAUAUUCAAAGUAAAGUUUAGAUCAUGUUUGAAUAAAAAAGCUAGUUAAAAUAAAAUUUUCUAUUAAACUAUGAUUUGGAGAGGCAUAUUUCCAAGUUUCGAGCAGCGAGUAGUUUGCAGACUCAUACGAAGUAGAUAAACAUAAAUGCCACACAGAAUGAUAAUACUCAAAAACAAAAAUAACCAAUUUCAGCAUCAAAUCAUCUAUUAUUGUUACUUCUCUCCGAUCCGAGAACGAACCAAAAAAGUGAAGCUCUCAAAUCCAAGCUCUACUACUAACAACCAACUAGCAGAUACAUACGUACGUACAUAGGUAGAUUUAACCAACACCUCUCGACCUGCCUCGAUAAACAGAGAAAAACAAUUAUGAAAAAAAAAAACAACAAACAAACGAAAUAAAAAUAAAAAUCAAACCAGGAACCAGUUACAGCAAACAAAAUCCCCUGAACACGAGGUCAAAACAACCGUUAUCGAGCGAGAUUGGAGCGCUUCCCACAGUGACAAAAGUAUAACAUAGCAAAUGGUGUAAUAAAUAGCAAGUUUGGAAACUUUAAAGUAUUUCGAAAACUGUA